AUGUCUUCCGAACAAAAUUAUCCCGGUUACGAAGCACUUAGAACAUAUUUGACGCGAAGUAGAGACAAAUCUUUUUGGGGCUUUCUACACCGUUGUCGGGAUACGAUUGUUGCCACCACUUCAGCUACUUCCUUCUGGCGUGACCUUAAUAAUUCCUGGUGCGAACGCUUUUUAGAAGAAGCAAAAAAGAUAUUAAACUCAAAUGGCUUGGAAGAUAAG